UAAUAAUCCACUUCAAUUCUCCAGGAGUCAUCGUGAACUUGAAAAUCACCAAGUGCUUUUACCGACUCUCCUAACUUCAAAAUGCGAUCUGUAUUUGGAUUUUUCUGCACCCUGUCCGCUCUCAUAUCCACAUGCUAUUCUCUGUCCUGUACAAAGUGUUCCAACACGACUACUAGUUCUUGCACCGGUUCCAGCAUCACCUGUCCUGCCGACCAAGUCUGUGGAGUGUCCUACACGCUAACUACUGAAGGUGGGGUUACUUCCCUGGAAUAUUCUAGAGACUGCUUUCUCAAGGAGCAGUGCACCUUUAAUGGAAGCAUGGGAUUUGCCCAAAACAGCCGCGUAAGAAUCGGCUAUAGCUGCUGCUCUACCGACAAUUGCUUACCUUCACUACCCGCACUGCCGGCUGAUAAUAAUAAGACCAACGGAUUGGUCUGUCGCAGUUGCAGUUCUCAAAACUCUGUAUGGUGCUACACGAGUGAUACCAUACAGUGCACCGGAGACGAAAACAUGUGUCUUCUUCAAACUACAAAAAUAACAACAGGAUCCGUAUCAAGUUCUACGGCAAUACGUGGAUGCGCCACUAAAAGCAUCUGCGAUCUCGGGAGACAGGCUGUGACAACUGAUCAGAUCAGCGUUGACAUAAACUUUCAGUGCACCAGCGGAAGCGUUGGCGUCUUCGGCGGGGUCUUCCUUAACCUUCUUCUUGGUAUUGUGCUGACUAAACUCCUGUGUUAAAAAUUAAAAAAAUGAUGGCCCCGCUGCUUCCGGAAUUCAAUCAAUUCACAAAUCGCUUUUAUGUUUCUAAUGUUUUUUUUUUAUUUUGAGAGAGGGAGAAGGUGGAAGAUCGGCCUUUGAAUUAUAAAUGGAGCAGGAGGCGUAAUCUGAGUAAUCAGUGAGUUGUCGGCAGUCUGGCCAUUCAAGAAGCCGGGCAAAUGUCCAGAAUGUAACAUCCAACCAGCCUUUGUAUUUAUGUCAUUUGGCAGCCGCUGGCCUUAAAGUGCCAGGACCGCUUAGUCAUCCCCUGGUUGUAGAUGAGGUAACGUUAUGUAUCUUAUUUACUUAACUGUACGUCACAAAGGGCCAUUGUCAGCUCAAGAUAAUCUAAAGAAAAAGCCUAGAGUGGCCAUCGAGCACACCUUUAAAAAUGGCAAGCUAGUGCCUUCCACUUAUCUUUAUUGCUCCCUGUGUGCAUCUACCUGCUGGAUACACGAGGUCGCACGCUACAAAAAUCUAGGCAAGUGAUGUCAGAACGUAGCAUGAUGUCACAAAUAUCCAACGGCAAACAUACACGGUUUCUUGGACCUUGGUCGCCAGGGUCGGUUCUCAUCCCUAGUCAGUUCCAAAGACAGAGAAUAAAAGUAGCUCUCCGACUAUGGAAUUAGAACAUCCAUACCCAUAUGGUAUCGGUGGCCAACAAAGUAAAAACGAGAUGGAAAGGCAGUGUUCCAGGAGCGACAAUAAUGUAAAUCAAGUUGAAUUCCGAAAAAAAAUCCUUAUAUUUGUUGUCUCGUUUCUCCCCUAAACUGGUUCAUGUGGUUCUGAUAUUAAAAAGAAAAGACCGCUGAAGUCUGAUUUGGUUCCUUAGGGGGGUCGUCGUUACUCUGACUAUUUAUAUCAUGGUUGCUGUACUAGGGGCGGGGGGGAUUGGCAGAUCAUCAAAUAUGCCAGGAAUUUUUGUAGCUUUUGUCGUCAUCACACAACAUGAUUUUCAAUGUUAUUGUUAUUUUUUUCCGCAUAAUUAUUUUUCCUACUAUAAAUUACUGAUUUUUAUGUUGAAAAAUGUGCACGUCUUGGUUGAAAUACUUGAUUUAAAAGACUUGAUGCAUCACUGUAUUGCUUAUUAUUAUUAAAUGUUUGUUUAAAACAAGA